UAGUCAAAAUAUAAAAAUCCAACUCAAUUUGGUUUAGGUUUUCAUAAUUAAUCAACAAAACCGGAGCGAACGUCAGGACUCGUAAUAACAAAAAACGAAGAAGAGAAAAGAAACCACCGGUGUCGCCGGCGACAAAAUCACCGCGGUCAUAACAUUUUCAUAUUCCAUCUUUGCCAGCGCCGCCUCCGCCACCACACCCUGUGAGAAUGCCAUUUCUCCUUUCGCUCAAUUUUAAUUCUUAGGCUUCAGAUCUUUACCUUCUGAACUUUCUAGAAGGCUUUUGAUGAAUUUGGAGAAACAAUGGCUAGCAAUUCAGGAAGAGGAGCCCCAACAAAUGGUUCCGUCUAUGUUUGUAAUUUACCUGAGGGAACUGAUGAAACAAUGUUAGCCGAAUAUUUUGGGACCAUUGGCUUGCUAAAGAAAGAUAGGCGAACUGGCCGACCUAAGAUAUGGUUAUACAGAGAUAAGGCAACGAAUGAGCCAAAAGGAGAUGCUACGGUUACUUAUGAGGAUCCACAUGCUGCAUUGGCUGCCGUUGAAUGGUUUAAUGACAAGGAUUUCCAUGGGAGCAAAAUUGGUGUUUUUAUAGCCGAGAGUAAGAGUGGUAAUGCUGGUGGAGAUCCUCCAACUGUGGCUGGUGAUGGUGGUGGAUUCGAGGAAGAUGCUGCUAAGGACAUGAAUGGGGGUGGUGGAAGGGGCAGAGGUCGGGGUGAUGCUUCUGGAAAAACAUGGAAACAGGAAGGAGACUGGCUCUGUCCAAAUACAAGUUGUUCCAAUGUCAAUUUUGCCUUCCGUGGUGUGUGCAACUGCUGUGGAACUGCUCGACCUGCAGGUGCAUCUGGUGGUGGUGGAGGGGCUGGUGGUCGUGGGAGAGGUCCUGGUGCCCCUGACUCUGGAAGUCAUGGCCGAGCAGUAGGUGCUACUGGUGGACUUUUUGGACCAAAUGAUUGGCCUUGUCCUAUGUGUGGCAACAUCAACUGGGCUAAGCGUACAAAAUGCAAUAUUUGCAACACCAAUAAACCUGGUCACAAUGAGGGCGGUGUGAGAGGAGGACGUGGUGGUGGUUACAAGGAACUUGAUGAAGAAGAGAUAGAGGAAACAAGGCGACGUCGACGUGAGGCAGAAGAUGACGGUGAGAUGUAUGAUGAGUUUGGCAAUCUCAAGAAAAAAUACCGAGCAAAAACACAACAAGCUGAACCUGGACGAGUGCUGACAGGUUCAGGCCGUGCUGGCUGGGAGGUUGAGGAACUAGGUGUGAUCGACAGGGAUGGAAGAGAAAGAAGCAGAGAUAGGGGAAGGGAACGGGAUGAUAGAGAAAGUAGCAAGAAUAGAGAUCGUGAAGAUAGGGAAAGGCAUCGUAGUCGAAGCAGAGAGAGGGAUAGGGGAAAGGACCGCAGCCGUGGUUAUGAACAUGACCGAGAUAGAAAUUAUGGACGAGAUAGGGGGGAUCGAGACCGAGAUCGAAGCAGGUCUGGUCUGACCCUGGAAUGGAUCAAACAGAGGAGCCUUGGCGAGGGAGGAUAUGGGUUUGUGGAUUUAGCCAAGGUAAUAAUGCCUGUUCCUCGUCUACUUGCUGUUAAAUAUUCUCCUUCCCCUAGCCCUUGACUUCAGAAGGAAUACAGAAUCCUCCGACGAUUUCUUGGUUGAGAAACAUUGUUCAAUGUUACUAUGAAAUUUCGAGCGUUGAAUAUGAGGUGGAAUAUCACAACUUGUUUCUUGAUUAUGCGGCUGGCGGGAGUCUUCUGAAUUUGAUCGACAAUUAUGGUGGUAAAAUACCAGAAUCUGAUGUGAGGUGCUAUAUGAAGAUGAUACUUCAAGGGCUUUGUGAUGUUCAUGGGGGAGGUUACGUGCAUUGCGAUAUCAAACCAGGCAACAUUCUUGUUUGUCCUUGUCAUCAAACAGGUUCUCUUUGUACUAUGAAGAUUGCUGAUUUUGGCUCAGCCGAGGAACCUGGAGAAGGUUCUGCUUUGCUUGUUUUCGGGGUGCCGCGCAUUACAUGUCACCAGAAUCCGUUGAGCAUGGGAAAAUCACUUUUGCUUUAGAAAUAUGGUCUCUGGGUUGCAUUAUUGUUGAGAUGAUGACAGGCGAACUACCAUGGCAAUCUGCUUCCGACCCAGAAGACUUGGCCAGGAAGAUUGUGAUAUUCCACAUGGAUUGUAUUGGAAGCACCAAAUAUACCCCAAGACAUGUCAAAGGCAGGGAAGGAUUUAUUGAUGAGGUGCUUUGCUAGGGAGCCCCAUGAACGCUGGACUGCUUAUAGGCUAAAAUAAUGAUAGGCAAAGAAGUUUUAGUCGAUCGGGCUGCAGAAGUAAAAUCAAACAAUCAAUCGAGUAUAUAAGAUAUAGUAA